CUAAACUCCAUAAUUUUUUCCCAUUUCCUCACUUAAUUCAUUUUACUUCACUUUUUUAAGCUUCAAGUUUGUUUCCUUCUUUACACUUUCAAGAGUUUCAAUUCUCUUCUCUGCUUCUCCCCCCAUCUUUCUCUUAAUCUCUUCUCCAUAAUGACAGAGAAAGACAAGAAACCCUGUUUCUCCAAAACCAAAGAGACUCAGUCAAAUUCAAGAUUCUACAACUACACUCUCUUCAUUUUCAUCUCUUUAACCACAUGGUUUCUUGUUCUCUUCCUUUAUCUUCCUCCCACUGUUCCCACAAACUCCAAACAACAAAACACUCACAGUCUCCACAAAACCAAAAACCUCAACUCCAUUAACAAUGAAAAUUACAGUCACACCCCAUUCUCAGUUUACAUUUACAAUUUACCCCCACAGUUCAACUUCGACCUUCUCAAAAACUGCUCCCACUUGAAUAUCUACAGCAACAUGUGUCCUCACGUAGCAAAUCAAGGCCUCGGCCAGCCACUUCCUGAUAUGGCCACGGACUUAGGCCUGGGUUCGGACUCGGGCCACGCCCCGUGGUUCGCGACCCACCAGUUCUUAGCGGAGAUGAUCUUCCAUGCACGUAUGGAAAAUCAUCUGUUUCGCACGUGGGAUCCGUCGCGUGCUAUGCUCUUCUACGUUCCCUUCUACGGUGGGCUUCAUGCGUCUAGUAAAUUCAGUGAGACGAAUCACACCGUUCGCGACGAGUUAGCUGUCAGAUUGGAGGAUUUUCUACGGUCACAGCCUUGGUGGGACCGGCAUCAAGGGAAGGAUCAUUUCAUGGUCUUAGGGCGAACCUCAUGGGAUUUUAUGAGGACUCCAGGUGGGUCCGACUUUGGAGCCAACUAUCUUCUUAAUCUGCCACGUGUACGGAAAAUGUCGGUGAUGACUGUUGAGAGACACGUGUGGAAGGGCUCGAACCAACACGGCAUCCCUUACCCCUCUUAUUUCCAUCCGUCCACGUCACAACAAAUGCUGACAUGGCAGCAGAAAAUGCUGCAAUUAAGACGGCCCCACUUGUUCACUUUCAUCGGGGCCCCGCGGAAGGGAGUAGAAAAAGCAGCAAUCCGAAACGAGUUGAUACGGCAAUGCGGUGAGUCAACUCGGUGCAACCUAGUUGCAUGCAAAAACACUGAAGGUUCAAGCAAGUGUUAUAAACCCAGUGAAGUAAUCAAAGCAAUGAGCAGUUCCGAGUUUUGCCUGCAAGCACCAGGAGACUCGUUCACGCGACGGUCGACGUUCGAUUCAGUGCUCGCCGGUUGCAUUCCGGUGUUCUUUUCGCCGCACACGGCGUAUACGCAGUACGGGUGGUUUCUUCCGGCGGAUGGGGAGGAGUACUCAGUUUAUAUAGACGGAGAGAAGGGGAAUGUGAGAGUGAAAAUUGAAGAAGAGUUGCUGAAGAUACCGAGAGAGAGAGUUGAGAGAAUGAGAAAUAAAGUUAUUGACUUAAUUCCAAGAGUUACGUACAAGCAUCCUAAUGCAAGUGACGACGAUGCCGAGUUUAAAGAUGCUGUUGAUGUUACAAUAGCGGCUUUGGCAAAGCAUGUUCAGACCAUAAUAUUGGGUGGAAAAAAUAAGUCGAAUAAUAAUCAAAUACUGUAAAUUAUUAAUUAAUUACUUGUAUGUUAUUCGAUGUAUAGGUAUUUUUGCCUGGCCGAUGAUAUCGAAGAAUUUAUUAUGUGUUUACAAGAAUUGAGCGUUAAGUCUUGAAGUUUAAUAAAGUUGUUUCUUCCUUGUGACA